ACAUUACAACGAAGUACAAAAAUAUACUUUUCAUAAUUCUGUAUGCAAGCUAACUCAUUUAUGUUAUUUAUCUCUCAAAAAUGAUCUUGAACAUAUUAAAUGCAAUCGUGGGCGCCUCCAGUUUUGUAUAUACUUGCUACAUUUUGUGCAGAUUAACUUAUUUUUUAUCAAGUCAUGGAGAUAAUGAAAAUUCACACACAAUAUUAGAUGACAAUGCAGAGAAAUCUACUUUAUGGUCUCUUCUAACAGAUAUGUUACUUAUUACAACAUUUAUCUUUCAACACUCUAUUAUGACCAAUGAGCUCACUAAAUUUACCUUCUGUAGACUAAACAUUGAAUACCUUAGCAGGAGUAUUUAUAAUGCUUGUAGUUCGGCAUGUCUUCACUUUUUAAUUAAUAAAUGGCAGCAGACUCCAGCUGUAACAAUCUGGAAGUUUGAAACUUCCAACAAGACAGUCUGGACGAUAUUUUCCAGCCUCCAUGUAUUUGCUUGGAGUAUUAUUUACAGUGGAUGUAUUAUGAUGGACAUUGCCGAGCUCUGCGGGCUCAAGCAAAUAUGGUACAAAGUAUCUAAAAAGAAUAGUCCACUGGAUAGGAAAUCUAGAGAACUUUGCAGAUAUAUGAGACAUAUGAGGCAUCCUAGUUUUAUUGGAUUUGUUACUAUUUUGUGGAUUUAUCCUGUCAUGAGUGCGGAUCGAGUAUUAUUGGGUACCAUAUUGACAAUGUACAUGGCAUUAUUAUGGACACUAGAUUCCGAAGACUAUAAUUAUCACAUUAGAUAUUUCAGACAGAAACAAAUAGAAUUAUCUUAAUUAUAUUAAA